GUCCCGUGCCCGGGGGGGCGGGGCCAGCGGCGGAAGUGUCGCGCGACGGCUCGCGGAAGAGGAGAAGAAGUUGCUGGAGAGAGUUUGGCAGCGGGUGAUGGGACGAGGCGGCGGCAGCCGGGGCCGGGGCCUGGGGACAGAUUGGAGACUGCUGUCGAGAAGUGACUGCAUUUAAUCCCUGCGAUGGAUUAGGACGUCGGGCUGCCAUUUGAAAUCUCAGCUGCUGAACAUUGUGUGUUUGGCCUGGAAAAUGCCUGGAGACGCCUGACACAAUAUGUCAGCCACGGCUGUCGAUGGCUCUGAUGUUUCACUCGACGAAGAGUCUUUCCACUCUGUGGAUACGCUAUUGUUGGAUUCUGCCAGCUCUGCUAAAGUGCACAUAAAGGAGGAAAGGUCGGAGUCUCGGGGAAGUUCGUCACUGCCCAAUGAAAAUGAAAUCUUGGGGACAGAUGGAGAGGGCUCCUCCCACAGCGCUGCGGAGGAGCCGGAGCGUAAGAGGAAGAAGGGUCCUGCACCAAAGAUGCUGGGUAACGAAGUGUGCAGCGUGUGCGGAGACAAGGCUUCGGGCUUCCAUUACAACGUGCUGAGCUGCGAGGGCUGCAAAGGCUUCUUCAGGCGCAGCGUCAUAAAGAAGCCCAAGUAUACCUGCAAGAACAGUGGCAAGUGCCAGAUGGACAUGUACAUGCGUCGCAAGUGCCAGGAGUGCCGGCUUCGGAAGUGCAGGGAGGCCGGCAUGCGGGAACAGUGCGUGCUUUCCGAAGUACAAAUCCGGAGCAAGAAGAUAAAGAAGCAGCAGCAGGAGGAUGAUGUGGUCCAGUCCUCUGCGGUCUUAGUGCCCCCCAGCCCGUGCAUGCUGACUCAGGAUAUUGUCCAGCUCACAGCUCAGCAGGAAGAGAUGAUCCAGCAGCUGGUCUCAGCGCAGCAGCAGUGCAACAAGAGAUCCUUCAGCGAUCAGCCAAAAGUAACGCCAUGGCCCCUGACUAGCGACCCCAACAGCAGAGAAGCUCGCCAACAACGCUUCGCUCACUUCACAGAGCUCGCCAUCAUCUCCGUGCAGGAGAUUGUGGAUUUUGCCAAACAAGUACCUGGUUUUAUGGAGUUGUCACGGGAGGAUCAGAUCGCACUUCUGAAGGCGUCCACCAUUGAGAUAAUGCUGCUGGAGACCGCAAGGCGCUACAAUCACGAGACUGAAUGUAUAACCUUCCUGAAAGACUUUACGUACAGCAAGGAUGACUUCCACCGGGCAGGAUUACAAGUGGAGUUUAUAAACCCCAUCUUUGAAUUCUCACGUGGCAUGAGGCAGAUGCAGCUGGACGACGCAGAAUAUGCCCUCCUUAUAGCAAUCAACAUCUUCUCUGCUGACCGACCAAACGUGCAGAACCACCAGCUCGUAGAGAACCUCCAGCUGCCAUAUGUGGAAGCUCUGCACUCCUACACCCGUAUCAAGAGGCCUCAGGAUCACCUGAUGUUCCCUCGCAUGUUAAUGAAGCUGGUCAGCCUACGGACACUUAGCAGCGUGCACUCGGAGCAGGUGUUUGCCCUCCGCCUUCAGGACAAGAAACUGCCACCUUUAUUGUCUGAAAUCUGGGAUGUGGAUGACAUUGAAAAUGUGGACUUGAGACCUAUCUAGCUCCCCAAUCUGCUCAGGGAUGAUGUGGUCACACAGAUCAGGUUUCUGGCAUCGAAGAUGCACUCUAGGUGGGAGAGAAGCCCCAUAUUCAGCAGAACCUGAAGAAGGCUUCUUUCCCCUGGAUGUCCUAACGCAGACAGAAGAUCUGGUGGAAACUUGUCAACCGCUUUACGAUGACUCGUCCAUAGCUAGCACACACCGGUGGAAAGAGAGGUCUCCUUUUUCUGAGGCUUAAACGAUACCGUUUUAAGGCGCUGGUUGACUUUCGAUGAACUUCGGUUUGAUGGAAUAGAGUUAUGGCUUGUAAGCAGGGUGGUUUUACCCCCAGAUAAUCACUUUUAUAAAGUAAGGGCCGACGCUAGGCUUUAGAAUAACUCUUCAGUCCAGAGAAUACGGCAGUGACUUCAGCGCAAGUCCAUGUGGUAGAUGUAAAUGUACAGAGAUGCUUUAGUUAAUAGCCUUGUGAGGCAGUGACUAGGCCACUACUCACUAACCCUGCUGACGUGUAAGUAAGAUAAUUAGUAUUUUCUAAUACAGGGAAUGUGGGUGGGAAGGGUAACUUUUAUGUCAUGCGGCCGGCUGCCUCUCCAGGUAGGUGACCCACUGAGUCAGAUGUCACAGUCUUCAAUUCUCCAAAACUUCUUCCACCAAUGAUGAGCAUAGCCCGUGCGUCACUAAAUGCAAUAGUGCAUGUUUUUCUUGCACCAACUACGUCUAAGUUCCUCCAUUCCCUUCUCAGUCGUUGACCUUGCUUGGCUCUUCCUUCCCCACUUUAUUUUUAAUAUGCACUUACAACAUGUUUUUUUAUUGCUGAGAAUGGCAGAGGCGUUAUAGGAUCGGGAAUAAAGUCUAUAUCUAUGGGUGGUUUGACGUAUCAGGCCAGUUUGUGUAAUGAAGAGGUAUUUUUGGCUGCGGCUGUGUUAAAUAGGGAAUUACAUAUUCAUACUCAUUGUCUUAGACCCCACAUAUUACUGUUAAUGUGUGGUAUAAAUAUUGACAAUCACUAACUACACUACUCUGCAUUUGUUGUGUAGUACAUCUAAUAUUUUGUGUUUGGGGGAUGUAAGACAACCAAGGGCCUCAACUUGUGUUUUUCCCAUUGAUUGUCCAUAUGAUCAGAUCGUCUUCCCUUUGUGCAUAAUUACUGUUGUCUUGUUAUAAUAAUCACUGGAACGUUUGAUUGCAUGACACCUGGUAUGGUGGGUUACAAGGUCCUUCCCGCAAGGAGAACAUUAAAGUGACAGUGCUUAAUCCUAGUACAGCCAUGCCAGCUCAUCCUACAGAAUUACAUUCACAAUAAUUAUCCCAUUAGGAUAAAGUAAGUUUAUUAUACACCAGCUAUUAUUUGUUUACUGCAUAUAAUCGGACAGUUACAUUUCACGCCGAACUGCAAAAAAUGUGUCCUAUUACCAGAGAGUAUGUACUGAUCCAGCCUCAGUGACCUAGGUCCUGAAUAGAAAGUGGUUUUAACUCCUCCAAAAAUGUAAUGUUUUGAUUUAAUUACCGUUCACUUACAUUGGAUACACUUCCAGAAUGAUUCUUCCUUUGCAUGUGCGGGUUUCCCCCUAAGCGUCACACAGUUCAGUGUUUUUCUUAGCAGGGAUAUUACUGCUUGUAUGUUUUACACAUGCAGCUAGAAUGUUCAUGGUCGGGGGAGGGGGGAGGGGCAUUGACAACUGCACUGUGUGUCAGAAGAAGCUGUGUGCUACUAGUGGAGAGGUGAGUGUUUAUGUCCUACAGUACUUGGCCGAGAGUAUAUACUGGCAGUAUAUUGUCAAGGAAAUCUUAGUAUUUAAAUUUGCUCCCAGCACUAAUGGAGACAGAUAUUGUGUCCCAUAUUCAUAUAGUAUAAUACGAAUGUGAUCUCUUAGUUCCUUGAUAGGUUGAAUAGUGUUCUGGAACUCCAGAUGCUUUAAAACAGGUUUUAGCACUAAGCUUAUUUUCCUGAUUCAUUCAUAAAUAGCAGGUUCUUAAGUGAUGUUUUACCUCAUAAAUGAUUAAAGGCAGAUUCUUAAAAUACUUAAAUCUGCAGAGACUGACCCUCUUAUUACAUAGGUUCCAGCACCAUGUUUGCUGCAUGUAUGAGAAUACGGGACAGUGGAGGUCUGUCCUUAUCCUGUGUGCAUUCAGCUGCUCAGAUCAGAGACUAGGGUUCAUUUUCCCUGCGGAGGGGACGAUGUACUCACGGAAUGAUGUGUAAACGGCAGUGACUGUGACAGAAUAAAGAAGUGUGUCCAUACUUCUAGAGUAUAUUAGUCCCAUUUUGGAUUCAGGACGCCGCUCGAUGCUGAUGCCGUUUGGCGCGUUUGUGGUCUGUGCGCAGCCUCCAGCUUAAUAGAUGGCUAUACAAAACAAGUUUUGACCUGGCCCAGAUUAGUUUGCCAAGUACCUGUUGCUUCUCUUGUGGGUAUACUCAGACCACUGGUUAAAUAAAUACAGAAAAAGAAUAACACUCCGUAAAGAGAAGCGAUCGUAUUCGACAAAUUAUUGUUGAUCAGUAAAAAAAUUGAAUACACUAAUAAACAUUAAAAAAAAACAUUAAAAAAAACAUUAAAAAAAAAAGAAAAUGAUAAAAAAGAGCAUGUUAAGAAAAAAAAAACAAUUACUGACUGGUAAGAAAAUCCCAAUUGUAUUCUAAGGGUUUUAGUAAGCAGUUACUGAGACAUAUAGAGCAGCUUUGAAUGUUCAGAGCUAGAUGUUGGAAAAGCUUGUUAAUCCAAAGUUAGUGAGGCCACGAAAGAACGCGUAUGUAUGGCGUAAUUGUUUUACCCGUCAGCAAAGUCCAGAUAUAUUGCUUAGGGUUCCGGUAUGAAUGGUUGACCAUGUUAUGGUCAACAGUCAUUAGGUCGACCACUAUUGGUCGACAUUGGCAUGGACACAAGGUCGACACAUGAAAGGUCGACACAUGAAAAGGUCGACAUGAGUUUUUUAACUUUUUGUGGUGUCGUUUUUUGCAUAAAGUGACUGGGAACCCCAAUUAGUGCACAGCGUUCGCUCGCCAUGCUUCAGGCAUGGUACCUUUGCUCUGCUACCGCUUCGCUCGGCACAGAUUACCGUUCCAAUCGUAGUCCACGUGGAUCGUAAAGUAUGGAAAAGUUCCCCAAAAGAAAAAAAAGUUUAAAAAACUCAUGUCGACCUUUUCAUGUGUCGACCUUUCAUGUGUCCAUGUCGACCAUGUCAAUGUCGACCAAUAGUGGUCGACCUAAUGACUGUCGACCAUAACAUGGUCGACCAUCUGAAUGGAUACCAUUGCUUAGACCUCCCGGCCACUACUGCUGUAUUCCCAAAAUCAUAGCCUUAUCCAGAGGACUGUUUAGCAGUUGUUGUCCGCUGUGUGAAUGUGAUGCAAUCAUGGGUCCCCUUGGUUGUCACCGCUGAUUAUGCUGGCCUAUGAUCUCUCUGCUCACUAAAACCAUAAAAAUACAGUUGGGAUUUUCUUACUGGCUGGUAGGAUUUUCUUACUGGCUGGUAACGGAUAAUUGUUCAUAACGUGCUCUUUUUUUUAUGAUAUUAUAUUUUUUUUGAUGUUUAUUAGCGUUUACAUUUUUUGCUGAUCAUUAAUAAAUUGCAAGCGCGUCUCUCCACGGAGGAGUUUUCUUUUUCUUUAUUUAAUAGAUGGGUGACCGUAAAGACAAAUCCAAGUGAUACAGUAUAUAACUUAAUCUGCUUUUUCAGAGAUAAAGAAGUCAUGUAACAGAGUCAGUGUAUCCCAAAUUGUAGCAAUGAACUUUAUAAAUGAGGUAUUAAGGUCUAA